GGCGUUCCUUUACGGCAGAAAACUAGAAUUUACCCGGCGGCACUUCACAGAUUUACAUCGAGAAAAAUCACCACAUUUCUCUUACAACAUCCCACCAAUUAUUAUUAAAAAGUAGGAAACGACUUGUGAAAAUACUCCUGCGGCCCUAGGCUGGAUAGAUCUUUAGGUUAGAUGUGUUUGAAUUGUAUACUGGCCCUACGUGUGGAAAAGUUUACCGACUCUGUCAGCCUGACACACGGAUACUGUAUAUAAUGCGCCAUUACUCUCCAGCGGCCAACUCUUCCAAGGCCAUCUACCGCAAAACUAUAUGGACGAACACUGGAACUCACCACACUGAUUAGAUUGGUUGUUGGAGAUUAUGGCAUGUAACAUGCAUAAGACUAUGAUUGCUUUCUCCAUCCUUUGGUCACUGUAUAAAGGGUCCCUUUCAGCUAAAUAUAAGGUUGUAUCGGCACCGUCAGUUGUUGCUACACUUGGGUCAGACGUGGUGUUAACUGCUCGCCUGGCUCCUGAGAUGAACGCAGAGAAGAUGGAAAUCCGUUGGUUUAAGCCUAUGUACCGGCCCUAUGUUCAUCUUUAUAUUAAUGGGAAAGAUGAUUACACAGCCCAGAUGCCACAGUUUGCUAACAGAACAGAACUGCUAAAAGAGAACAUCACUAGGGGAAUUUUCCCUUUGAUUAUCCGUAACGUCACAGUUCAGGAUUCUGGGAAAUAUUAUUGUUAUGUUGAGUCCAGUGACCAUCAUGGUAUAACAACAGUAUAUUUAAAUGUUAAUGUUCCCGGCCACUCAAAAACUCACUCACAUAAGGAAAGUGGAGUCAGGAUACCUCGUGAUGUGUCCAUCAACCAAGAGAGGCAGAGCCAGGCACAAAGAUCAGACAGUCCAAAAGAAGGGGCUGUUGGAUCUCCCCCUGUCAUUUCCGUAAUUACUGAUGACACUGUGUUCUGUGAGUCCGAUGGCUGGUACCCAGAACCGUAUUUGAUUUGGACAGAUAAUGAGGGGAACAAAGUAAUCCCAUCAAUGGAAAAAGUUUUAAAAGAUGAAAAGAGCUUGUAUCAUAUUCUUAGUGCUAUUUACCUGCCGCCUACAUCAUCAAAUAUCACUUGCACUGUCUCCAGCUCUCUAAAUCAGAGCAAGGAAAGCUCCAUGCAGAUCAGAGAAACGAGACAUCCAGUAACCCACAGGGAUCUGUACAGUCGCUACAUUGUAUUCUGCGCUUGCCUGGCUGUUAUACUGAUGUUGAUUGGGUGUAUUUGCUUUCUGUUGAAGAGACUUGUAAAUGGGAAUCUCAGAGCCGGAAUAUCACAGUCAGAUGGGGUGGGAUUCGAUUCACUCAGCAACACUUCUGAACUGCCAGUAACAAACAUGGAAAAAAAAGUCCCUAUUAUGAACUGGGAGUGAUCCACCCAUAGAAACUGUGUUUCAGGGUCCAUUUUACCAUUUAUUAUUUUUUAUGAUCCUGAGCGCUCAGCAAGCCUGUCUUCUAGAUGGGGAUGGCAAUUGCUUGGGAAUGCCACAAACUACUUUCUUGGGACUUUCCACAUUGUCUCUUCAUUUUCGCCACCUGAAACCUGCCAUUUUACAGACACAUACCCCCCAACUGUCCCGCUUUCUAUAGCGCAUCCCGCUGUCCCGGAUAGUCCCCUGAAUGUCCCGCAUUUU